AAGCCAUCACCACUUUCAUCUUUCCGCCGGAGCGCGAGUUGAGCCCGAGCCAAACUGCCAACGCAACAUAACCCUCCCGAUAACCAAUUCACCCCAUUCAGAGACCUCAGCUUUUGUUGCACAGUUGUUGCGAUGCCACCAGCGUUUAGUGACGACGAGGGCUCCGACGUCGAGGUGGAGCAAACUUCGGCCAAGAAAUCGACCCGGACAAGAACACCCGCCAAAUACGAGGACGAGAUUCCUCAAGACGAAGAUGCCGCCUCGGCUGAUGAAAACAACGGGAUUGCGGAGGGGGAUGACGAGGAGGGCGACGAUGACGACGAAGAUCUGGACGAAGAAGUCUACGUGGUAGAGAAGAUCAUGUCGCAUAUGAUCGAUAAGGGGAAGCCGCUUUUCGAGGUCAAGUGGGAGGGGUACGAGAAGAAGUCUGAUCGGACGUGGGAGCCAGAAGAGAACCUCAUCGACAACGCCUCGGACGCCCUCAAUGAGUAUCUCCAAAGCAUCGGCGGCCGGGACAAGCUUUACGAAGACAGCGCGAACGCAUUGAAGAAUAAAAAGCGAGGCAGGCCAUCCUCGUCUACACCACAGGCGAGCGGGAAGCGUUCCCGGCGAAACGGAGACCAUCCCGCCGACGAAGAACCACCGCUGAGCGCGAAAGCGGUGACAUGGAAGCCACCACCAGGGAGUUGGGAAGAGCACAUCGACCACCUUGACGCUUGCGAAGAUGAAGUAUCGGGUAACCUGAUGGUAUACCUCACGUGGAAAAACGGGCACAAGACGCAACAUUCCACGAAGGUUAUCUAUCAAAGAUGUCCACAAAAGGUAUGUUACGUUAUGGCAGGGCUGCUUUGACAAAAGCUUACCGGUUCCAGAUGUUGCAAUUCUACGAGCAGCAUGUGAGGAUCAUAAAACGAGAGUCCGACGCCGACUCUUUAUGAGGCCGGAGUUUAUAAUACCCGACGAUUUGAUUCCUUGCUCUCUGCAUGCAUUUUCCGCACGGCAGGCGUCCCCUCUAAGCGCUUUCUGCUUGAACAGCUGCGUCUUUUACGCGGACUCGGCGUUCAGCUUCGCAUUCUUCGGGACAAUAUAUUCAGUUUCCCUUCAACUUUUGUGUUGGUACCAGACGGGUCUAUGGAUGCGAGUGAGUUCACCGAGCGGUUGCUGGCCCGGGAUGGCCUCCUCUGCUUUUGUACGUAGAGAUAAUUAAUUUUGAAUUCGUA